AUUUGCAAUGCUUUUACGUUCAAAUUUACUAGCUCAAUUUUAUAGUAUUCCGAACUGGACAAGCUGCUAUCAAAAUUUGUAGCUUUUUACAGAUAUCAAGACUUAUAGACGAAGGGAAAAGAAAGGGCAUCCACUGCCAUACUGAGCACGAGCACCAUGUGUUUCAAUGUGCUGGCGGAGAGCAAUCUGCUCCCCGAUUGCAGCAUUGCCAACCGGGUCCAUCUGUUCUCUGUGCUGCAGCACCUCCAGAGCCAGGAGCGUCGUCCGGAGGAUGUGAGUGACCAGUUGCGGGAUCGCUACACCGUAUUCCGCCAGCUUCUGCCUAACUACCCGGUUCCGGAGCUCGCCGACCACGAGAUGCAAGGAUACUUUGAUGAGUUUUCCCAGGAAGACCAGGCAAUCUCGUUCUGCACGGACCCUGCAUCAUCUGACGAGGAGACCAGCGAGUCCAGCCUGGAUAGUGAGUCCGAGCCCGAGGAGAUCGGCCAACAGAAGCCCACAUAAAUUUAAAAAGUGAAAUUAUGUCUUCGGUUGAGUGUCUGCCAAGUGGCGUUAAAUGCGGCCAUUAAAUGUUCGACAAUAAAAAAGGAAAAUUCAGCAUAAAA